CGGCCGCGCGGCUGUUCCGCUCCGCGCGUCUCCAGCGCGGUUCAUUCAUGAUUGGUACUCGGCCCCCUGAGACCCAGCCCGAGCGCGGGGCGGAGCGGGCGCGCGGCAAGGGGCGGGCGGAGAGCGGCUCCCGCACCGCACGCGGCGCGGGCUCGGCAGCCUCGGCCGGGCGGGCACUCUGGCCGGGUGUCCAGCACCAGGCAGUCCUCCGGGCUCGGUCCUUGGCCCUCAGCGGGGGCAACGGCCCGACUGGGUGCGUGCACCGGGAAGCCACUGCGAAGGCUCCCUGAGCCUCUGGCCCUGGGAGUCAGUACAUGUGCCGGGCUGGAAACGGAAGCCAGAGCUCCCAGCGCCCCGGCCCCACGCUCGCUGAAUUCCAAGCUGCAGGCGAGCUGCCGGGGGCUUUCUCCUUUCUUGCUUUUUUCUCUGCUCCUAUUCUGAGUGGGCAAUCCACACCGAUUUCUUUUCAGGGAGGGGAGGGACAGGGCCUGGGGUCCCAAGUCUCACACAAGUCUUCGCUGCCAUGGGGGCCGUCAUGGGCACCUUCUCAUCCCUGCAGACCAAACAAAGGCGACCCUCUAAAGAUAAGAUCGAAGAUGAGCUGGAGAUGACCAUGGUUUGCCACCGGCCCGAGGGACUGGAGCAACUCGAAGCCCAGACCAACUUCACCAAGAGGGAGCUGCAAGUCCUUUAUCGAGGUUUCAAAAAUGAGUGCCCCAGUGGUGUGGUCAAUGAAGAAACAUUCAAGCAAAUCUACGCUCAGUUCUUCCCUCAUGGAGAUGCCAGCACAUAUGCCCAUUACCUCUUCAAUGCCUUUGACACUACCCAGACGGGCUCCGUGAAGUUUGAGGACUUUGUGACUGCUCUGUCGAUUUUACUGAGAGGAACGGUCCAUGAGAAACUAAGGUGGACAUUUAAUUUGUAUGACAUCAAUAAAGAUGGCUACAUAAACAAAGAGGAGAUGAUGGACAUUGUCAAAGCCAUCUAUGACAUGAUGGGGAAAUACACCUAUCCUGUGCUCAAAGAAGACACUCCCAGGCAGCACGUGGACGUCUUCUUCCAGAAAAUGGACAAAAAUAAAGAUGGCAUCGUAACUUUAGAUGAAUUUCUUGAAUCCUGUCAGGAGGAUGACAACAUCAUGAGAUCUCUCCAGCUGUUCCAAAAUGUCAUGUAACUAGGGACACAGCCAUCUUGCUCUCAGAGACACUAUACUGAACAGCCACCUUAACACCCUGAUCUGCCCUCGUUCUGAUUUUACACACAACUCUUGGGACAGAAACACCUUUUAAACUUUGGAAGAAUUCUCUGCCGAAGACUUUCUACAAAACCUGGCAUCAUGUGGCUCAGUCUCUGAUUGCCAGCUCUUCCUCCUUCCUCUUCUUGGGAGAGACAAGCUGAAAUUUGAGUUUGUUUUGGAAGCAUGCCCAUCUCUUCACUCUGCUGCCCCACGGAAGGCCCCUCUCCUUGAGCUUAAACAGUAGUAGACAGUUUUCUGCUUACAUGUCCCCAGCCUUGCCUCCAAGUUAGGCAGACCCUGAUGAAUCUGGAAGUCAGAAGACCUGAGCCAAUGUACACCAUCCUCUAAUGGCCCCCCAAACCAAUGUGCCUGUUUCUCUUCCUUUGGUAGGAAGAAAGAGCAUUAUACAGAACAAUUAGAGCCUACCAUGGUGACUGGGAGAGGCAGCACUUAACACAUGUAGAACAGGACUGAAUUAUUAAGCAUGGCAUUAUCUGAUGACCCAAACUGCCCGUGUCAUUUGUUUUCAGGGGCAGAGACUAAUAAUCCUCCCACACUAGCAUCUGUGCUAGUAAAGCAAGUUGCUUCCCAUGUCCAGGAAGGGAGCCAUCACCCAGUCGUCUAUCUCUCUUCUCCAUCCCCUGCUCAAGCCCAGCACUGCAUGUCCUGCCCAGAAAGUCCAGAAUGCCUGCAAAAUGCUGUACUUUUAUACCAUGUUCUAAUCAAUAAACAAAACUAUUUCUUACACUCUCAA